AUGAGCGAGGAAGAAAAAGAUGAGUUGAGCCGGACGAGAGAGGGUGAAGCAGUUGGAGAUGUCAGCGAUUCGGACCUCCGGGCACAACUGGAGGAGGCCCAGCGAGAGGCGACCCAGUUUCACGCUCUGAUGCAGAGAGUCCAAGCCGACUUCGUCAACUACAGACGGCGCAUGGAGGAGGAGAGGACGGCCUUGCAGGAGCGGGCAAACGAGUCCCUUGUGCUGAGGCUGCUGCCGGUCCUGGACGACUACGAGCGGGCCCUUCAGUACGUCCCGGACGUGGAGGAGUUUCGUCCCUGGACUGCCGGGGUGGAGUUGGUUUAUCGAAACUUCAGGGGUAUCCUGGAGUCCUUCGGGGUGACGCAGAUCCAGGCCCUGGGCAUGAGCUUCGACCCGAUGGAGCACGAGUCCGUCUCCUACCAGUUGAGUGACGACCACGAGGAUGGUAUGGUGAUGUCAGUGGUGCGGGAGGGCUACAAGCUUUACGGGCGGGUCCUGCGUCCUGCGCAGGUGACGGUAUCCAGAAGAAAUAACAAGGCAGGGGAGUCCCCAAACACCUAG